GCCCCAUGGCCGAAGAAACCCUGGGACUCAUAGAAAAAAAUAGGCUUAAUGAUGCCCCGACAAAAAUCAAUGUGAUCAGCGGGAGAAAACGUGGUGGUAACAUCCUAGGAGAAAUAUGGCAUGUCCCAAAGACCCAUUCUCCCAAGAGUCCUACAGGUCCUCCCACUGCCCGUCCUACCCUAAGGAGGGCAAGGAGUGAACCCGCCUUGCCCACAUUCGUGGCAUCUGAAGACACCAAAACACAGGAGGUAAGUAAAGUGACAAAGAGCAAGAGCUCCUCUAGGUCCAGCUCUCCAGAUUUGUAUAAGCUGCUGGAUAUGAGCUGGCCUUGGAAUUCUGCCCCACGGGUUUCUCCUGUGUCUGCCUACAUUAAGAAUAAAACAACAGAGGACACUGACAGCACUGCCUCAUCUGAUGACAGUGACACAUCUGAGGAUUACCUCUCCUGCCUGACGGACACCAGUGCUUAUGAUAACUCAGCUCCCCACGAUGCUGAGGAGGAUGAGAGUGAGGAGACGAGCAGUGACACCAUGCUUAGCUUCACACCCCUCGAAGGGCUCUGGUUCAGGGCAGACAGCAGCACAGGGAGGCCAGGACCACAGCAGGGUGCUGAGGUCCCUGCUAGCAUCAGCACAUCUGGAGUCCUGAAGAAAACUGAUGCACAAUGCAGUGAGAGAGCACAUGAUACAAUCGACAUCCUGGAUGCUCCCCAGUGUGAGAACACUGGAUAUGAAAAUGACAACGAAAUACAAGUUGAGGAGUCACCACCAAUAUCUAAUAAGGACCAGUCCCAGGAGGUAGCCACGGCCUCCAAGAAGAAACACAGAAGGGGCUGGAAAGAGGUGAGGAGGCAAAUUUGUCAUCUGUUUUCCAGUUUAUUCUGUUGCCUCCUCACCCCAAAGGCAGAAGAUACAGUCCCCAGGUCUGAAGAACAGGCCUGGGUCCAUGGUUCUUAAGCCAUGGGACUCAGUUCGGCCUGGUGUGGCCUACCAGCCACAGGAGGGAGCCAGGCCAGAACCUGACAGAGCUGUGUACCCCAAAUAUGGUGUUCCCUAUCAGAUACCUCCAACAAUCUGGACACAAGCUCUCUACCCCUCCUCCUCUCCCUGCAGUGGGAGCUGUUAGCUCCUACAACUUAAUCUACAGCUGACCCAGAGCUAUUGCAGGACAGAGAAGUCAGUCACCCGGCCACCUUGUUUUAAAGAGUCAACCAUCCAGCUUCUGCAACCAUGUUAUACAACUUCGUGUUCCACAUGACUUGAGCUUUCACCAGGCUUGUGUGAUGCUCUUCCCCUGUCUCAGAGGACGAGAAACUGGUAUAAUAUUUUUAUUCCAGUGAGGGAUGCUUUGCCUUCAAUUGACUAAAAUGACAGAAUGUCUCCUGUCUACUGUGAAAAGGUGUCCACCAGACCCACGUUGAAUGUCCUGCGGGUCGGGACAUAUUUGGUGCCCAGCGUGAACUGAAGUCGGAUAGCCAGGAGGAAGAUGCCGCUCAUGGAGUGAAGGGCCUUUUCAGGUCAUACCCCAGAUGAUGGCACAGUCUUCGGUGACCCGCCGAAAAGAGCAAGACAGGUAUAAUGGUACAAGGUUCUGGGAACCUCACAGGGAAGACAGUGAACCUUGUUUACAGUACCACAUCCCAUGAUUGCAUUCAACAACAGAGAAGAGGUUUCUUGGCAUGUAAUUCCAGAAGCCACCAAAGUCAGAUGUAUGGCUACUGUUAAGGGUAGACUCCAUGCUUAAAUGUGUCCUGUCGUCUCCUUGGGGGCCUCUGCUGAAUCCUGUGCUGAAAACAUACAAACAUCUGUUCUUUCAAGUGCCAACUCUGAAAGAAGUAGACUACUAAGGAGAGGAGACUCUUGGAUCUGUUGGGUUGUGUGAAAACCACCAUAGAUCUCUAGGGAUGCAGCUCUCCUGAGACAUCACUCAGGCUGAUGACUUUUCAGUUCUCCAUGCUCCUGUAAGCAACCUCUCACCCAGACACCACACCCUAGUAAACUCAUUGGCCUCCCAAGAAAUAAAAAAGAAUAUGAGCUCUACUUCAGAAAGUAAACAAAAGGAACAGGGAAAAAUUUGCACACACAUAUUGGUCACAAUCUGACCACUUUUUGGACUGCGCUUAUCCACCUUCAGACA